CAUUUCUGGCUAAGUUGGACAAUGUGAUAUCUGGAUCGGUCUUUUGAAGAAACUGGCUCAGGAAGCUCAGGAGUACGAUUGACUGGAUCGAGUGACUGGACCGUCGUCAAAUCAACGAAACCCGUCAAGGAGGCCUGGACCGGUUGGAUCCGACCCGCCCAUCCGCUUGUGGACCGCUGAUCGAGGCUGAAUGAUCAUCUUCCCGCCCAAGAAAAUGAUGACGCCCAGUGAGAUCCCGCCCCCCACCCCUUCUUCUGCUUCUCUGUCGGACGUGUCCCUGACCACUGAUGAAGCUCAGCCAGCCGACGCGCAAGCGGCUCCAUCGGGUCCAUCGGGUCCAUCGGAAGGUGUCCUGCCAGCAGCCUCUUUCCCGCACCCAUCCGGAUCGGCGUGCAAUCAACCAUCGGCCGAAGACGAGGAGGAGGAAGAGGAGGAGGCUGGCUCCGAUCCCACUUCACCGGCCGAUUCUUCGGAUACGACCACUUCCAACGGGGUUGAGCCCACCCCUCCGGUGCUGAAGGACGAGCCUCUUUUGGAUCCGGUGCCUCGCGGGUUUGUGCGUCGUCGAUCCUCGGUCAGUCUUGAGGAAGGUUCUGACGUGAAAGCCAAUGAGCCGGUCCAUAUCCCCGUCAUCCCUCACGGUGAUCCCCGGGUUCGAAGUAAGCUCAAGUUUGAGGUGAUCACGGCUCGAGUGAGCGAAACUGCCGGCAAGAAACACGUGAGCUACACCAUCAUGAUCAAACGCUUGGGGAACGAUGCCCAUCCGGCUUGCAUCGAGCGGCGAUACAGUGACUUUUGUUACGUGUACGAGAGCAUCCUACGCAAUUUCCAUCCCUCGAUUCUGGGGGACUUCAUGUUUCCCAAGAAAGUCCUGAUUGGUAACUUCAAGGCCGAGGUGAUCACGGAAAGAACAGAGGCCUUCCACAAGUUUCUCAACCUCAUCUCCAGCUGUGAUAAUCUGCUCUACUCGGAUUACUUUUACUCUUUCGUCUCAUCCGAAGAGCACAACGAAGCCGUCAGUCAUAUAAAGCUCUCGCGUUAUGAGGAAGCCAUUCCAUUGCUCGAAAACAUCUUCUACGUCAGGGAAAAGUUACUCACUCUUAGUAGUAUCCAUGUGCUCCAAUGCCUGUGUGAGCUGGUGGCUACAUUACACGCGGUCAAGCGUCACCGGGAAACCAUGGCUUAUGCAAUGGUGACGGCCAAAAGCUUGGAAUUGCUGCGAGGUCACUCCGAAGCAGAAUACAUGCGGGUGCCUUUCCUCAAAUUGGUUUCUGAAACAUCGGGCUUCUUGGGAUUGGAUAAGAAGUCGUACGACAAGCAAUUGGCCGAGCUUCGUUAUCAAGGCGUGAAAAUCGAUAGCGUCAUGCCUCUCCUGGAACUCAUUCGGGAACGCUACAUUCACCGGGCCAGUCAUACGGCUAAAUUAAGUUGAAGUAGCUCACGUGAUGCUCGAUCUUAGCCUGCCCCCCUCCCCUCUCACCAAACAUAUACACAUAUUCCAACUAUAUUCAGUACAAGAGUGAUUCGGAAAUGACUUUGUGAGUAAUCAAAUACUUCUGGUGUCUUAUCUCGUUUCUCAUUCAUAGAUCCUCAAUACCUAGCCAUUGUUUAUAAAAGUAUUUAAAAAUGAAAA